ACUCUAUAAAACACCAUUCCACGGGAAUAUUAUACUCCCAACGUGGAUAAUAUCGCUGUCUUUUUUAUAUAGUCGGACAGUGGUUAAGGGUCCUAACGCAACGGACACAAUGGGAAGCCGCGAACGACAUGAUAGACGGCACGCCUCGUUGCUUGUUAGGAACCUCAAAUAUGAGACCUCACCUGAUCAGCUGAGAGCUGCUUUCUCGAGGUUUGGAGAAAUUCGCGAUGUUUAUCUCCCCCUUGAUUAUUACACGAGGAAGCCGCGCGGCUUCGGAUUCGUUGAGUUUUUCUCUCAUUCCGACGCUGACGAAGCCAUGCGUGAAAUGUUUGGCUAUGAAUUAGAUGGAAAUAAAAUUGAAGUGUUUGUUGCUAAGCAUGGGAGGUCCGACCCAUAUCAGAUGAGAAGUCGGGAACGUAGAAGGCGCAGAAGCCGUGACAGGUCAUACUCAAGAGAUAGGCGUCGCAGGUCAAUAUCUUACGAUCGUCGUAGAAGACGCUCACCGUCGAGGUCAAGAGAUCGUUACAGGUCACGUGAAAGGGAUAGGCGCGUUUCUAGAUCACUGGAUAUCAACUCUCCAAGAGGGAAGGGUGACAGCAGAAGCCGCAACCGUGACAGUCCUAGGCGAUCUGAUGGAGCCAGGGAUUAUUCAAGAAGUGCAUCGCGAAGCAGGUGAAUUCCAGGUUUUCUAAACCAUCCACCUAUCAUGGUUUAUGCUCGCGAUACGGCGCCACAAUGGCACAAAAGUGGACAACUUUUAUGCAGCUAAUUAAACGAAAAGUAUCAUUUCAAAUUUAUAGCCUCAAUGAAGCAGUCACAUAAUUCAAUAGAUAUACAUGAUGCU